ACUCAGGGGUGGGGCUUAGCCGGCGCCAGACCGACCUUCGGCUUCGGAGAGUCAGCGCUGUCACUCUUGGCGCUUCCUCAACUAGACUACUUCGGCUACCUCGGAUUCCUCAGGGACCGCGGACCCUGGUGUAUGCCCCUCCUCUGACGCCGCUAGAGACAUGUCGACCCCGGCCCGGCGGCGCCUCAUGAGGGACUUCAAGAGGUUACAAGAGGAUCCUCCGGCCGGAGUGAGCGGGGCUCCGUCGGAGAACAACAUAAUGGUUUGGAACGCGGUCAUUUUCGGGCCUGAAGGGACCCCAUUUGAGGAUGGAACAUUUAAACUUACAAUUGAAUUCACUGAAGAAUAUCCAAAUAAACCACCUACUGUUAGAUUUGUCUCUAAGAUGUUCCAUCCUAAUGUCUAUGCAGAUGGUAGUAUAUGUCUGGAUAUACUCCAGAACCGUUGGAGUCCAACCUAUGAUGUGUCAUCCAUUUUAACAUCCAUACAGUCUCUAUUGGAUGAACCUAAUCCCAAUAGUCCAGCAAACAGCCAGGCUGCACAGCUGUACCAGGAGAACAAGCGGGAAUAUGAAAAGCGUGUUUCUGCAAUUGUAGAACAAAGCUGGCGUGACUGUUGACUCAGGGUAGAGCAAAGGAAGAGGCUGGCUAUAUGAAAAAUGUAUAUUGAUGAAUUUACCACCUUAUUCCUAAUUCAUUACAUUUACUUUAUUAAAAACUAAAUAGCUGUUGUGA